CGAUCGACAGCACACGCGCGAGGAAGAUGGACCGAUCGCUCCUUCACGGACUGCUCCAGUUGGUUGUGGUCGUCGCGCUCUGUGUGGUCCGCGUCGCCGCUGACGAGUUUGGCGUGUGCUACGACGCGUACGACGCGGCCAACAUGGCGACGAAUUUCCACACGAUUCGCGAGCGCUUUGCGUCCGUCCGCACCUUUCAGACGGCGGUGGGUGGGCAGAACGCAAUCACAGCCGCCGCCAAUGCAGGUUUAAAGAUCGCCGCGGGCGUCUGGCUCCUCGGUAAUCGGUACCAAAGCGAUUUGGAUGCUGCAAUUGCCGGUGCCAAAGCCAACCCGGAUGCGGUCCAAGUCAUCUUUAUCGGGAACGAAGAGCUGCACCAGGGGUGGAGCGCCAACAGGCUCGCGUCCGUCGUACAAGACGCCAAAUCGAAGCUCGCCGCCGCGGGAGUUCACGUCCCCAUCGGCAUUGCGCAAACCGACGGCGAUUUGCUAGCGAAUCCGUGGCUCGCCGACCAAGUAGACGUCGUCGGCGCCAACAUCCAUCCAUUUUUCAGUGAGGGCUCCAACUCUAAGACAGACCCAUUUCAGGAUUUCAAGCAGCGGUGGCAAGCGAUCGUGUCCAAGUUUGGGGGCAAAGCCCGCAUAACUGAAGUCGGGUGGCCCACGCAAGGGGGCUCCUUCCUUGGCCAUCUCGCAGAUCCUGCCAUAUCUGAAAAGCUCUACAACGAUGUCAAGGGCUGGCACCAGUCAACUGGAGUCGCAACCUAUUACUUUAUGUUCCAUGACAACCUGGGCAAAAGCGGAUUCGAGAGGUACUAUGGCCUGGCUCACCCCAGCGGUGAAUGGAAGUUUGGCGGCGGUCCUGAAAACGCACCAACUGAUACCCCGAUCGCUCGCCCUCCAGCAACUUCUGCACCCGCUGUGCCUACCACACCAUCCCCCACUGCACCUACCCAGUCCCCCCCCAACCACCACCUACAACGGUCCCCUCACUCGCUCCUCCUACCACCGCUUUCCCUGUAACGACCAUGACACCACAACAUCCCCCAUGAACACCCAAGGGACUUCACUUGCACCAACCACAACAGUCCCGACAACGACUGCACCAACCACCACUGUCUUCCUCUCAAUGGCGCCCCUCCCGACGGCCAAUACGGCCGCUGUAGCAGGGCCUCUACAAAGAAGGGUCCGUGUUUGCUUGUGGGACUAACCACACCGCUGGAAUCGCGCGACCAACAGAAGCGACAUUGCAUUCCCGACCACGCCUACCAACAUCACGUGGGCUACGAAAUUGACCUAUCCGACUUCCAUCAACGCAACUGGGGAUGGAGGAAGCAAUGGGGGUGAUGCAAUUCUUCCUUCGGACGUACAGGGCAGUCAAGUCCCGACAGACUCGAUUAAAAACUAGUGUUCAAACGGUAUAUGCUACCUCUGGCCUCGAU